CAUUUAAGGAAAAAUUUAUAGAACUAAAUCAAUAGAUAUAAAAUUUCAUUUGUGGAAAAAAGAUAGAUUUUCUGUUCCUCUGUUUCAUUAUUACUUCAUGUGGAAAGUUGUGAAAAAACUCUGUAUUGAAUUAUUUUAUGAGAAAUUGAGUAUUAGGUAUUGAUGUUUAAAAUAGUUUUGUAUUAUUUUUAAAGUACAUGUAUAUUUAAUGGUAUGUUUUGAUGUUUAAGUUUAGUGCUUCAGCGAUGUUUAAACUGUUAAUUUUAUGUUUUAUGUAGUAUAUUUUAUGUAUUUAUUUAUUUAUUUUAUUAAUUUUUUUUUUUUUUUUUUAAUUUUUUUUGAAAAUAUAGUUGAUGUAGAUUUAUUUAUUCAUUAAGAAUUUUAUAGUAAAAGAUGUAGAAAUCAAAAAUGUGCUAUUAAGUAUAUUUAAAGAUGUUAAAUGUUCGACAUUUUUCCAUGAAAUUUUGUUUUGUUACGUUUGAUUUGGAAUAUACUAAGGAACGACUUGUCCAGUACCGGUGCUCCGCAAGCAUGGCGAACAACGAAGAUGACGCUCAAAUCGAAGUGGAAGAUGAUGCCAAUGAAAUCAAGACCAAAAAGCACGAUUCGGGUGCAAGGGAUCUUGAAAAAGUUACAGACUAUGUUGAAGAAAAGGAAAUAUCAGCACAAAGUAUCGGAGACGCAAUGAAAGCAAUGAGUGACAGGAAAACAAAAGAGAGGGCGAAGAAACAGGAAAGGGAACGUGAGCUAGCAAAAGUUAAGAUAAACAAAGAAGAUGUAGACUUAAUUGUGUCGGAAAUGGAAAUAACAAGACAAAUUGCGGAACGGAAAUUACGGGAACACAACGGAGAUGUCGUGGAGGCGUUGGUUGCUUUGACGAACUGAUGUGUGUGAAGCGUUUUUUCUUUCUUUAUUUUCCACUUCAAAUUAUUUGUUCUUUAGUGAAAGCUAGACUAAUGUACCACGGGAGGAUGUGACUAUAGGUUGCAGAUUUCUGAAACGACUGGUCAAACAUUCAAACAGAUGUAUUCACGCAAUUAUAAAUUGUUAAAAUUGUGAUUUAUUCAUGUGUAGACUUGUCUUCUAUUAUUUAUUAAUAUGCAAAAUAAAGCUAGAAAAUGCUGUA